UUUGAACCGACCCGCUUCUCCGUCUGGGGUUCUUUCGCUCCUCGUUCCGUCAGAAUUUUACGGAAAUGCGACCUGGCGUUCGUCGAGAGUAGACCGCUCGCUCUGUGCCUUAGCAACCCGGAAUAAUAUCGCGCGAUGGUUUUGAGAUAAAACUCGAAAAAUAGUGAAUUAAACUGCUCAAUUUGAUUAGUUUGAAAUAUACUGUUUUGAUUUUUAAUGGAUGUGAUGAGGAUUAAUUGUGGAAAAAUGUGCCGGUUACAGGGUGUUGUUUUGUUUUCCGUUGUUUGCUUUAUUGCUAGGGCUCAAGCUAUACCAAGAAGUUGCGAUUUGAUUAAAAAUAAUCUUGAACUUAGGGGAUUUCCUAGUCGAAAUGUGCUCGAUGUACCUCAAAAUGGGUUAAUCUGUGGAGAGGGAAGCUGUUGCAGUGACACAUUAGAAGAUAAAACAUUAUUGUUAUAUAGUCAAUCCUAUGUAGAAAAAUACAUGAAAGACGCGGUAUUGAAGGUUUCAACUUUGGUGGAGACGCGAGCAAGAAAAUUUGAUGAGAUUUUCCGUCACAUGAUGAACCAAUCGAAAUUCGAAUUCCACGACAUGUUCAACCGGACAUACGGAAAAAUAUACCUACAAAACGCCGGAGUGUUUAGCGAUUUCUUUUACGAACUAGAAACGUACUACAAAAAGGGCACAGUGCGUCUUUCGGAUACCAUGGACAAUUUUUUCGGUAUUUUAUACCAAAAAAUGUUUAUGGUGAUUAAUUCGCAGUACAAUUUUGACGAUAACUAUAUGAUUUGCGUCAACAACCACAUGCUAGAAAUGAAACCCUUUGGUGACGUACCGCACAAGCUCACCCAACAACUGAAAAGGUCCUUCGUAGCCACCAGAACGUUUUACAAAUCGUUAUCCAGAGCGGCAGAAACGAUUCGAGACGUUCCGAAUUUGCGAUUCGAUCAAGAUUGCUUGGCGCAGCUGACGCAGAUGCAAAUGUGCGGAGUGUGCAGAGGAGAAAUGGGCGCAGGCGCAUGUUCGCGUUACUGCGCAGACACGCUUAGCGUGUGUUUGAGGCAUUAUAUGCAGCUGAGCGAAAGCUGGGAUAAUUUUGUAGAUGCCAUCGAAAAAGUCGCGGACCGCCUAAUCGGUCCUUACAACGUGGAUUCAGUCGUAGAACCUCUAAACAUCAAAAUUUCCGAAGCCAUAAUGAAUUUCCAAGAAAUCGGCGCGGACGUUUCACAAAAAAUCCAAGCCAAAUGCGGUUCGGUGGGAUUGAAACGAGUGCGAAGGAAGGCGGGCUACGAAAAUCCGCCGGAAGAAAAUCCGAACAUGGAAAUCCGUUAUGAAACUAUGAAGCUGAAUAGUGGGAAAAGUAAAAAGCAUAAAAAGGUGCAGGAGAAGGUCGAUCAGACGCCGACGUUGGAUAAAUUGAUUGAGGAUAUUAAACUUAAAAUUAAAAACACCAAAAACUUCUGGAUUCAACUACCCUACCAAUACUGCAAUAACGACACCAUUUCAGCAGGUCCAAGCGACGAUGGUAAAUGCUGGAACGGUACCACAAUCGGUAUUUACGAGAAACCCAAACCCAAACUAGAUUCGACACCAACCGACACUCUAAUCACCGGACAAAUUUACAUUUUGAGCACCCUAACGGACAAAUUGCGCAAAGCCUAUCACGGCCAGGACGUCGAAAUUGUCGAUGACACUGAAGACUCGUUUGACGGAAGCGGUUCAGGUUCUGGUGACGGAAUGGACGAAGAAGACACUCCCAAAGAAAAUAAUGAAGAAGAUCCUGUGGUUAUCGACGAAUCAUUCUCCACUCCGCCUCCAAUUAGUAGCACGUUUAUUCCAGAAGUUAGAAGGACUUCCAGUUCGAAUACGAACUCUGAUAUGUCGCUCACCAGAGCGUUGUUAUCAUACUUAUUACCAAUGGUGAUGGUAUGGUUUGGUGGUGCCAUCAAGGAUUUGCUGUGAUAUUUGUAAAUGACUGUAUAUAGGGAGUAAUAGUUGCGUGUAUAAGUCGGAUGUCCAUAAAUAUGGGUCUGCCAUUGGUUGCGAGUUGAAACUAAUGACAUUUUUACGCAAAUAGAUGGUUGAUAAAAUGUACUUAUGUUGACAUCCUUAUUUGAAGGGCAAAAAAAGGCAUUCACUCAACAGUAGAGUGUUGGCAACUGAUAUGUAUAGAUAAUUUUCCUCUAUUUGUGUUACAAAGUCAUUGGCGUAAGUCCUUAUAUAGGUUGUGUAAAUAGGUAUGCUAUUUAAUUUGUGCUAAUAUAAUUUUUGGUGGCUUCAUUGUGUUAAAACAAAAAAAAAGAGAAUAAUGUACUAAAGUGCUUCAAUGUUUUGAGCACCUAAAAAGACUAAGAAUGACACUUUCAUCCAGAAAAAAAAAAUAUCUAAUGACUCUUUCCCAGAAAACAUUGAUCAUAUUUUGUAUUUUGGCAAUACAUAUACCAAAGAUUGAUUAAGAUUUUCUAUUGCAAAAUUAAAAUUCGGAAAAUCUAAUUUUACCUUUUUUCCCUUUCGAUAAAAUUCUCUUAGAAUCUGACUGAAGUGAUAAAAGACUUAACUUAUCAGAAUAAUAAAUCAAAUCAAAGUAUGCGAACCAAGUGGAAAAUGGCUCGAAGCUCUUAGCUAAAUAAACUUACUGAGUAAUGAGUUUCGCCAGUAGGAAAUGAAACAGUAAUCUUACAGUAUUUAAUUUGCAUUUUUAAAUUACACAUAAUUAGUUUAUCUAAUAAGAUCUUGGGGGGUUGUUGGAAACUUCUUAUUUUUGUGUUAUUUUGAACAUAUAUAAUUAUCAUUUAUGUUUCUAAGAUUCAAAAAUCGCUUGAAUCCAAUUGAAGAAACCACCAUUAAUUUUAUCCUUAUCAAGCUUGAACUUACUUAUUUGCUGACUAUGAAUUUUAUUCUGCAUUUUGGAUGAAAGUCAUUGAAUUGUGGUAGUUGAUGUAAUCAUUGAAUAAUAAGGUGUCAUCUAUUUGUUAUUGCCAUCAGCUAUCAUUGCUUAUGAAGAUACAUAUUUGAAUAAUUUUAUUUUCAAUAGAAAAUCAAGUUGCAUCAUUUUGGUACCUAUAUAAAAAAUUAUAUUUUCUUCAUGCAGGCGAGUUAGAAUUAUUAUUCAAACAUCCCUGAAUUAUUUCAAAGGAAUCUGCAUACUUAAAUCAUUGUUAAAUUAGAAAGUGUGAUAUUAUAUUGUAUAUUUGAUAGUAGAUAGCUAAUAAAAAAGGAUCAAUAAUUUGUUAAAAUAGUAGUGAGUGAUAACAUGAAUUUAUCAAAUAACUUUGGUCAUUUUCAUGAACUAAUAAUAAUAUAUACUUAUGUAUCUAUUUUAUGUAGUUUUGACUUACAAAUUUGGGUUUAGCCUAGCCAAGUAAUGCUGAGUUUAUGAAACAAAAUGGACUAAAGAGUCAAAUAGGCUCAGUUAAUGAAAAACUAAGAGGCUAAUAAUGAUUAUUAUUAUUGACAUUCUUCAAUUUGUAAUUAUUGUAAAUACUGUAAGUUGCAAAAAAGACUACAAUACCUACUAAAAAAUGAUGCCAACUUUUGGGCACAUGAAAAUGUGACUUUAGUUAUUGUGAUUUCUGAUACAUACGCAAAAGGCUUUAAAAUGUAUACUUUCUUAAAUAGCAUGUUAAUUAUUGUAAUUUCUCAUGACUUUACACAAUAAUUGUUUUUUGUCCUAUUAACUAUAAAUAGUAGUUAAAUGUUUAUUGAUGUUGGGGUCCAAUAAAUACUACUGAAUAAAAUGUAUUUCUUUUCAAUGUCUACUUAUAUUAUCAACUACUUGAAGGUUCACAUACUUUAAUCACUUUUUAGCUACUUACUACUAAAAUAGCAUGUAUUUUGUGUAUAUGUUUUUUAAGACUUCAGAAACUUUUUAUGUAUUUAUAGGUAAAAAAAAUAUCGAGAAAAAUAUGUUUCAUUGAGAAAAGUUGAAUAAUCAAUCAAAUGAUGGUUUUAAAAAAACUAUUUAUUUAUUUUGUACAAAAUAAAAACAUUUAGUAAUAUGUAUUUUGUUUUAUUAUUUGGUGGCAUUUUUAGAUAAUAUACCUAAUUUCUAUAGAAUAUGGAACAGUUUGAAAAAUGGCAAUUGGUAGUGCUUAUAUUAGCAUCGAACAAAAUUGAGAAAUGGUAAAUCCUUAUGGUCUAGGUAGAAGAUAAAGGCAGGGUGGCAACUGAUGUGGAUUAGGAAGGAUUUCCUGAAUUUUAACAAAUUUCAAUGUAUAAUCUGGACAUCGUCCUUUUGAAAUCUUUUUAUCUUCAAUAAGAGUAACGACCUGGAUUAAAUCCAGUCAAUUUUGAUUGCCAACCCAGCUUUGUGACAGGUGGUUCAUGAUGAGAGCUUCUAUAAGUCAGAAGGAAAAGGGACACGAAUGUAUCUAUUCCUGUUUCAUUGAGAGUUAUUGAUUGAUGGUCCAAUAGUUCUUGUUGCCCGUUCCAUGCUUGAUGAAGUGGAGUCAUUCUAGUUUUGUGGAUUCCUAGUAAUCGCAUCAGUUAUUUAUUUGCAUAGUUCUAGUUCUCCUCUGAUUAAUAUGAAGUUCCAUUGGUAACAUAAUUUUCGGUUCUUUGUGAAUAAAUGGAAAUUGAUGAAUUAUUAUUAUUAUUAUCUUAGUAUAGUUUUGAUAAGAAACCUAGAAGGAAAAAAAAGGAGAUUGUUGAAAUCUUACUUGCUGCAAAGAGAAUUGCAGUUUCAUGAUGAUUUGCUGAGAGAACCUUAUGAUGAACCAGAUGAUUUUCGUAACUAGUCGUAUAAAGGAGUCAACACUCGCGCUCUUACUAAAUUUAGUCAAAAUUAUCUGCGCAUUAUUUUGAAUGAAAUAGGUUACGCUGUUUAUAAACUUCCUUCUAAACGCUUGACCCAUGAUGAUAUGAACCUUUCCUUCGGUUCUGAUACUUCAACUAUAGCUGCAGGCAUCUUCAAUGGCAAAAAUAGAGCAUCUUGCCAACUCAUUUGUCAUUAUAUUACCCCUGAUAUUCUAGACUUUGCUCUAUCCACAAAUGUCCCCUAUUAUUAUUGGCAAUAUUUACGAUCUUAGCUCCGACCACAAUCCAAUUAGUCUUAAAGAUUGUGAUCAGGUCCAAGAUGUCAACUCUCACUACACUUUUUCCUUUAACAAAUAUUCGCAAUUCAAAUCGCAUCUUGAAGCCAAUCAUAUCCCACCAGACGUGUUAAGCCUGAAUCUUUUAAAAAUAAGACUUGGCAACCUGGUUUUAAGUGCAUGUGGUACGGCAAAAAAUCUGGGUCUACUCAUGGACAUUGAUCUAAGAUUCUCAGGGCAUAUUAAUAACUGUGUCAACAGAGCUUUUGCCAACUUCAAACUGAUAUUUAACCAACGAGCCCUGCUUAAUGAGAAUCUUAGGAAAGUGUUAUGCGACUCCAUUGUCUUAUCUCACUUUAACUACUGCGAUGUACUGUACGGACCCUGUCUGCUGGUUUCCGAUGCCAAAAGAAUUCAGCUCAUGCAGAAUUCGUGUGUCAGGUUGAUAGGUGGUAUUAGGGGCCGUGAGAGGGGUGUGAGUGCCAAGUUGUGCGAAAUUAAAUGGCUAAGAAUGAAUGAAAGACGCGCACUACAUAGUUUGGUUCUGUUUAACAAAUUUAUUUGUAAAAGAUGUCCUGACUAUCUGUAUGAUAAAAUUAAGUUUCGGUAUGAUGCCCAUAACAUGGAGCUUCGACACAAAUUUACAAUAAGUC